CUCGUUUGACUGUGUGAGAGAUCUUUGCCAUAUGUACCAUUGCUUUGUUUGUAAUUUGUUGUUACUCAGAGGGGAACGCAGGUUAUAUUGCUGUUAUAUUGCUGCAACAUAUAUAUGCUGCCUUUUUAAAGGCAAAGGUUUAUUGUUUAAUUGUGUUAGGAGCACGGUUAAAACUGAAAGCAUAACCGUGUUAUCUUUAUUUGUGUUCUGCCACGACAGCCCAGAGCUGUAACGCACCAAAGCAUUAUGCCUGAAAGAAUUUUUCUCAUUUGCAUGUGGUGUUGACUUAAACUUUUAACACAAAAUGGAAGUGUUUUUGUUGUACUUUCAUUUUUCUGCAAGUGCUUUCUCCAAGCAUGCCUCGUGAAUCUGAUGUGGUUUAGAUUUAUGGCAGUGUUGAGUGUAUUCACUGCCUCAGUCAGCUGCGAGAGCUCUCCCGCUGGGGCCACUCCUCCCUGAUGGAAAAGGAGCAGCUGGGAAGGUGCUGUUUCAGGCCCUUGCUGGCAUUAAAAAAAAAAAAGGAAAAAACAAACUCCUCACACGCUUACAUUGGAGAGAGGGAACCAGGCCACGUGACUCCCACCAUCCUACCCUAUGUCACCAUGUGUGUAGGAGCACUGACUGCUCCUGCCCAAUCAUGCCUGGAAUGCUGCUUGCCACUUGGGCUAUUUCUGCUAUCUGUCGCUCCCAGGGCUGCAGUGCUAACUGUUUGGCAGAUGGGACACUUUUUCUCGGAGUUUAUGUCUUUGGUUUUUAACUUCUGGCAGUGCCUGAAUUGUCGCUGUUCUCCCUAUCCUUUUCUCCUCUCUGUAAAACCAUGGCCCAUCGGCUGCGGUUUCAUUUUGGCUCUGGGAGAAGCAACACGGCCCCCGAAUCGGAGAUCCUUGCCCGGGAGAGAGAAGAUGACUUUUUCAUGGCAUUCCACACCUUGCCGAGAAGGAGCAGCCCUCACGCCUUCUCGCGGCACGGAGCAGAUUGCGGCGGCGAUGGGGAUUUGCACGAAGUGGGCUCCUUGAAAAGGAGUACAUCCAUGUUUAUCCCGCAGCUGCUGAACGGCAUCGAUGUGCGCCCCACCAGGAGCUCCUCCGUGCAGAUCUCGCUCCAGCGCAAAGCUGCCGACGAGUGCGCGGCCCUGGAGUCUGCAGAGGAGAAGCUCCCCUGUCAAUUCUUGGACUCCAGGGAGCGGUACGCGUCCCCUGAUGAGAACCGCUCUUCUGCGAACGCCUCACGGGUGACUCCGGAACCUUCUUCACCCAGGCUGACGGAAGAGUCAGGGCAGCAGGCAGAUGGAACUAUUUGCCGUAACCGGAGAAUAUUUUGUAGUAUUCCUGCCAAUAACCAGAGCGAGGAGGCUCUGCUGACUGUCCAACGAGAAGAAGAGAGUGAAGCGGCUUCGGGUUUAAACAUAAGUGGUGUGAGGAUUCAGCAUCGGGCCUCGAGUGCAGAUGUGCCUCAAGUUGCUCUACUUCCCUUUGGUCCUGAGGCUCCAAAUAACACUCCCACCCCUGAACCCCGGCGCUGGUCCUUGCAGCAUGUGCCAGAUCUGUCAGCAAAUUCAGUGAAAAAGUUCUUUGUUCUCCAGUUACAGCAGCCACAGACGAGCGGUACAGGCAGGGGAGGUGGAGGUAACUUUGGCUUUACUGGAACAAAAGGUGACAGGUUGGUCAGGUACCCUCGGAUACGGCUGGAAAGGAGUACUUCUUACCCUGUCCAGCCACCGGCAGAAGGAAUUAGCCCCACAGGCGAUGGGCUGAAUUCGGAACUGCCUGGAGACAGCAGGAACACGGCAGAAAUACCUAGAAGCAAUUCAGUAGAGCGGAUGCCUCAAGGGCAGGGAUGCUUGUUUAAAAUCAGACCAGAUCAAAACAUGAGGCAGCAGCACUUCAGGAUUCUUGUCACGCGUGGGCCUGAAGAACAAAGUCAGGCUGUUGGUAAGGAGGGUCGUGGCACCCCUGCCCCUACGGCAGCCGGCACCGCAACCAGAGACGACUUCCUGGGCCAGGUGGAUGUGCCGCUCAGUCACCUCCCGACUGAAGACCCAACCAUGGAGAGGCCGUACACGUUUAAGGAUUUCCUCCUCAGACCAAGAAGCCACAAAUCUCGUGUGAAGGGUUUCUUGAGACUGAAGAUGGCGUAUAUGCCCAAAAACGGUGGCCAAGAGGAAGAAAACAGUGAUCAGAGGGAUGACUCUGAGCAUGGCUGGGAUGUGGUGGAUUCCAGCGAUGCCGCAUCUCAACGUCAGGAGGAGUUGCCGCCUCCUCCGCUGCCUCCUGGCUGGGAAGAGAAGGUGGACAACCUGGGGCGGACUUACUACGUGAAUCACAACAACAGGACCACCCAGUGGCACCGACCCAGCCUCAUUGAUGUGGGAUCCGAGUCAGAUAACAAUAUCAGACAGAUAAACCAAGAGGCAGCUCACAGGCGGUUCCGCUCGCGGCGCCACAUCAGUGAGGAUCUGGAGCCAGAGCCCAUGGAGAGUGGAGACAUUCCUGAGCCUUGGGAAACCAUUUCAGAGGAGGCAAGUGCCAGUGGGGAUUCCUUAAGCUUGUCACUGCCACCUCCUCCUGCAUCUCCAGUGUCCCGGACCAGUCCUCAGGAGCUGUCUGAGGAGCUGAGCAGAAGACUCCAGGUCACUCCUGAUUCCAAUGGGGAACAACUCGGCUCUUUGAUUCAAAGAGAACCUUCUUCACGGCUGAGGUCCUGCAGUGUGACAGACACAGUCGCUGAACAGUCCCAGUUAUCCCUGCAGAAUGGUCCCUCUAGGAGAGCUCGUUCUUCAACUGUCACAGGGGGAGAGGAGCCAACGCCUUCUGUGGCUUAUGUGCAUACCACGCCUGGUUUACCUUCGGGCUGGGAGGAGCGCAAGGACGCCAAGGGCCGGACCUACUACGUGAACCACAACAACCGGACCACAACGUGGACACGGCCCAUCAUGCAGCUCGCCGAGGAUGGGAUGAUGGGGCCGGGCACAAGCAGCAGCAACCACCUGAGCGAGCCGCAGAUCCGGCGGCCCCGCAGCCUCAGCUCGCCCACGGUCACCCUGUCAGCGCCGCUUGAGGGCAUGAAGGACUCUCCGGUGCGCAGGGCGGUGAAGGACACCCUCUCCAACCCUCAGUCCCCGCAGCCGUCCCCCUACAACUCCCCCAAGCCCCAGCACAAGGGGGCCCAGAGCUUCCUGCCCCCGGGCUGGGAGAUGCGCAUCGCCCCGAAUGGCCGCCCCUUCUUCAUCGACCACAACACCAAGACCACCACUUGGGAGGAUCCACGGCUGAAGUUUCCGGUGCAUUUGAGAUCCAAAGCAUCUCUGAACCCCAAUGACUUGGGCCCUCUUCCUCCUGGCUGGGAGGAAAGAAUACACCUGGAUGGAAGAACGUUUUAUAUAGACCAUAGAAGCCAGGUGUUGAUAUGUGGAGACAUUGAUACCAGAGACUUAGUGCCCUCCUACGAUAAUAAAAUUACCCAGUGGGAAGACCCCAGGCUGCAGAACCCAGCCAUCACGGGCCCAGCAGUGCCGUACUCCAGGGAGUUCAAGCAGAAAUACGACUAUUUCCGCAAGAAGCUAAAGAAACCUGCUGACAUACCCAACAGAUUUGAGAUGAAAUUACACAGAAAUAACAUUUUUGAGGAGUCCUACAGAAGAAUCAUGUCUGUGAAGAGACCUGAUGUACUAAAAGCCAGGCUCUGGAUUGAAUUUGAGUCAGAAAAAGGACUUGACUAUGGAGGUGUGGCCAGAGAAUGGUUUUUUCUCUUGUCCAAGGAGAUGUUUAACCCUUACUAUGGUCUCUUUGAAUACUCAGCAACGGACAACUACACACUUCAGAUUAAUCCUAAUUCAGGUCUCUGUAACGAAGACCAUCUGUCGUACUUCACGUUCAUUGGCCGGGUGGCCGGCCUGGCCGUGUAUCACGGGAAGCUGCUGGACGGCUUCUUCAUCAGACCUUUCUACAAGAUGAUGCUGGGGAAGCCCAUAACGCUGAAAGAUAUGGAGUCAGUGGAUAGCGAAUACUACAACUCUCUGAAGUGGAUCCUGGAAAAUGACCCUACAGAGCUGGAUCUCAUGUUUUGCAUAGAUGAGGAAAACUUUGGACAGACAUAUCAAGUGGACCUGAAGCCCAAUGGGUCUGAAAUCAUGGUAACAAAUGAAAACAAGCGGGAAUACAUUGACCUGGUCAUCCAAUGGCGGUUUGUCAACAGAGUGCAGAAACAAAUGAAUGCCUUUCUGGAGGGGUUCACAGAACUGCUUCCUAUUGAUCUGAUCAAAAUUUUUGAUGAAAAUGAACUGGAGUUACUGAUGUGUGGCCUGGGUGAUGUAGAUGUCAAUGACUGGAGACAACACACCAUCUACAAAAAUGGUUACUGCCCAAAUCAUCCCGUUAUCCAGUGGUUCUGGAAGGCUGUUCUGCUGAUGGAUGCAGAGAAACGGAUCCGGCUCCUGCAGUUUGUGACCGGGACGUCACGUGUGCCUAUGAACGGAUUUGCUGAACUUUAUGGUUCAAAUGGUCCUCAGCUGUUUACAAUAGAGCAGUGGGGAAGUCCUGAUAAGCUGCCCCGAGCUCACACCUGCUUUAACCGCCUAGACUUACCUCUGUAUGAAUCUUUCGAGGACCUGCGGGAGAAGCUCCUCAUGGCUGUGGAGAACGCCCAAGGGUUUGAAGGGGUGGAUUAACUUUGCAGCACCCGUUCCCUCUCCAAGCACAUUCUGCUGGCUUUGGCACCUGCCCGAGGCACUCGGAGGGACUGUGGCGUAGCAGCUGCCCGGCGCUGUGCUCUGGAGCAAACCCCGGCAGUGCGGGGGCCGAGCCCCGAGGCUGGGACUGUCACCGGGGGUGGCCUUGCUGAUGUUCCCACAGCAGUUGUGAACUGAUCGCCUUUCAGCAGGACUUACUCUAUUUAUGUUGUGCCUCUGUAGGCAAAGCCCUUAAUAAAUAUUUUACACAAUUUCUAAUGACAA